AAAAAAAUUAAAAAUCUUUUUUCUCUCUUCAUUCUUUUCAUUUGCAUCUUCCUCCAUCGUUUCUUCACCUCAUAUGGGGUUCAGCUGAUUCUAGUCAACAACUGUCGGGAAAGCAUCUGGCCUGGAUUACAAGGCGGCGCCGGCCAUCCUGCCCCAAAAGACGGUGGUUUCCAUCUAGGUGGUGCGGAGGAAGUAGUCAUUGACGUGCCGGAUAAAUGGUCUGGAAGAAUAUGGGCAAGGCAAGGUUGUCAUUUCGACAGCAACGGCAAAGGCAGUUGUGUCACCGGUGGUUGUUCCGGCCAGUUACUCUGCCACGGCACCGGCGGUGAACCACCAGCUACGGUGGUGGAAAUGACCUUUGGAUCAUCCACAUCCCCCUUGCAUUUCUAUGAUGUGAGCUUGGUAGAUGGAUUCAACAUACCCGUUACGAUGGCACCGGUUGGCGGUGGCGUAGGGUGCGGCCGGGCGGCGUGUGAAGUCGAUUUGAACAUUUGUUGUCCGUCCGCUCUCGAAGUGAAGAUCGGCGGGCAAGUCGUCGGGUGCAAAAGCGCGUGUUUGGCAAUGGCGUCGCCGAAAUACUGUUGUACGGGGGAAUACGCGAAUCCGAAGGCAUGUAAGCCAACGCUUUUCGCGCAUCUUUUUAAGGCGAUAUGCCCGAAAGCGUAUAGUUACGCAUUUGACGACUCGUCGAGUCUUAAUAAGUGUCGGGCUUCGCGAUAUGUGAUCACGUUUUGCCCUCCCAAAUGAGUCGUGUUGAAUGUGGAUGUGAUGAAUAGAUGGUUAGUUUGAUUGUAACAUUGAUGAUGAAUCAGUUAUAAUUAGAAGAAAUUCACGAAUAUGAAAUUAAGGGGUUGUUUGUUUACUU